CUAUCCUUCUUCAUCGACCCACCUCAGUCAUCACAUCCACCACCCCCGCCGCCUCCUCCCCCCUACGAUGCCAAAGUCAAGCAGCAAGCGGAAAAAGGAAAAGAAUGCCGACUUCAAGAAAACCAAACUGAAGGUCGGGAAGAAAAAGGCCAUUGCCGACAGCUUUACGGACACGUCCUUCAAAUCAAGGGCCAUCUCGCUUCCUAGCCAAUCCAUCAGCCAUGACAAGACCGCUCUCCUGACGAAUUCCCGCAAUACCACCUUCGCAGAACUCAUAACCCAAUUGAAGCACUAUAGUCCUAGCACUCGCAAGGACGCGCUCUUGGGUAUGCGAGAUCUUUUUCAUCGCCAUCCGCAUCUGUUACCCCUUCACCUCGGUGUCCUUGUCAACACCGUGGUCCGGCUUUUGAUUGACGAUUCGAGCAUUGUGCGCAAGGCUUUACAAUCAUUCCUUGGGGAAUUUAUCCCAAUGCUCCACCCUCGAGACGUUCACCCGUUUUUGCCGCUCCUAAUCGUAUACACUUGCUCCGCCAUGACCCAUAUUUUGGAAGAUAUCCGCGAUGACGCCCUUAAGUUCAUGGAUCUCUGGGUUGCAGUUGGAGGUCAGAUCGCUGUCAAUGGCUUUUGGGAUAAGAUCAUUCCCAACUAUGUCUCGCUCUUAACAUCGGACUCAAAUGCCACGAACGCUUCAAAGCUAUCAAGUGCAAUGUCUUUUUCAGCCUCAGCAGCAUCGGGGAUGGUUGGUGGAGUAGGAUCGACGCUUUCUACCUCAAAGACAGUAGCUGGAGCCAUCACAGGCAAGAACGCACCGGGCUCACUGAAAGCCAAGAGCGAUGUCCUGCAAAGCUUGGCUGGAUUUUUACAAGAAGGUCUGGGAGGAAAAGAAAGCGAGAAGGACCCGUACUGGUUUUUGAGGAACUUUUUGGCAACCGCUCACGCCCGCAAGUCGUUCAACACAGCCAGGACACAUUUUGGAAGUCAUGAUGGGCAGUCCAAAGUAUCAGACGCAAAGAAGCGGAAGGCAUCACAACACAGCGCAAAGGAUCGCACCCUAGGACGCUCCACCCGCAAAAGAGCCCUUUCAAGUGAUGAGUCAAGUGAGGACGACGAGAAGAGCAGUGAAGAGCAAAGCGAUACGGAUGGCGAAUCGCUUCAAACUGAGGAUUCUGCUGAUGAGAAGGAAGCAGAACAAGCAGGAUCGUUGCUGUUCGACCCUACGCCUGUCGUUUCAUUCAGUCAUGCUACCAGGCAUUAUCAAGCACCUGCCAUUUUCCCGAUCCACCCUUCCACUGCUCGCUCUUCAAUGAUCCUCGCUAUUUUUGGCCAAACUCAAAACUCGGGUAGCGACUUUGCUGAGGCUACCAGCAUUCCUAUUAAGGUCUUCCCGCAGCAAGGAGGAGCAGCAGCGUCUGGCGUGGGAGCCAAUGCCGGUGCGAGUGGUAGUGGCAAAAGCGCCGACGAUAGCCUUGGUGGAGCUCAGGGUCGGCUCUCCCAGAUCAAGCCUUUGAUUUCAACUUUGCACCCAUUGUUACUCUCAAUGUGGUUGGAUACUGCGCCGACAGUUUUUGCUUCAACCACGACUAUCCACGCCAACCAUGCUCUGACGAUCGUUCACCUGGUACUAAGAAUUUGGGGUAUUCUUUGGAGGGCAGCCCUGGCCCGGCCAAAGAAGAAUGCAGAGACUGAGGAGGAAAUCGAGCUGGAGAGAGAGGAAGAGCGAUGGCUGGAGGAAUAUCUGCAGGGUUUGCUCCGACAUGUCCUGAUCUACUUUCCGUUCGGCAAGGAUACCGUAGCGAUGAUGGACUCAAAGGUAGCCUCCAUCCUGCAAGAGAUGAAUACCACAUAUUGCGAAUUGACGUCUCUGUUCCUGCUGGGGUCCGGCAUUGGAAGGGUGCGAAGCGUACACAAAGAUAAUUUGAAGAAAUCGACUACGAGCGUCUCUCAGACCAGGGCCAAAAAAGCGUUGAAAACCUCGUACAGACCCUCCAACAAACACGCGAAGAAGCGCAUGGCGGCAAUGGAGGACGAGCCAUUAAUAUCUUCUUCAUCAGAUUAUGACAGCGAGGCGGAUGAAAACGCACCACAGGGUUGGAUCCAUAAAAAUGAUGAUAUGGUCUCUAUCCGAGUGGAGACACCAGCAUGGGCAGACCAAGUUGUCGAUUUUGUUCUCGAUACCCUCGGAUGGGUCACUCCGGAGGGUCAGAAGGACGUCGAUGCAGGUCUCAGUCAAACGCCCAUUAUGAGCAGCCUUUCCACAGACUUUAAGUCUCAGCAUCUGGUGGCCCUCCUUCCCACACUCUGGACUUUGUUGAAUUGCCUGGAAAUCCAACGGAGAGAGUGGGUGUUUGAGGCCCUCAUAACGUACUUUGAUAAUGUCCAUGUACAGAGCGGCGCCAAGAACAUUGUGCUCCAGUUUCUAGCUUUGGUUAUCAAGUUGCAAUCGCACCCCCACUACACCGGAUCUUUUACUGUGACCAUACCGGGAGCCCGUGCCACGGUGGUCCGAAGGGCUUUGUCGGGACUGUCGAAGAAGAGUCGGAGAGAACAGCAGGGCUCGAUCAGAAAGAUGUCCGGUCUUCUUGCGUCUAGCUUACUGAAAUUGCCGAAGUUGUUGUGGGACCUUGGUACGGAGAGAAUCGAGACCAGCCAGACUGUGCUUGAUCUUUUGGCGUGGGUGACCGUGAUCGCAGGGGACAAUCAUGUAGAGGCGGAGCGCGAGAAGGAACGGGUGCAGUUCCUGAAGACGCUGCAGAGCUACAUGGCCCUCUUCUUCUGUGUCACGGUCGCUAACAAGGAUGGCCAAGGUGGGAAGCGGACGGUGAUGGGACCCUUUGUGAAGCUGCCUGCGUCGCUGCAGAGACGAGCUAUUGAGAUUGUGUUUUACUCGGGCGUAUUAGCUGCUGAUCCUUUUUUUGGUGAGAACACCGUGUCUCAGAAGAAGAAGGAUGCCCUCGCGGUCAAGAAUGCACCUCUGCUAGCAGCGGUCAAGUUGUGUUGUCAAGUGGACGAUCUUCCGGACGAGACCAGACUGUACAUUCAGGAAACACUCAGGAUUGCAUAGAACCAAUAAUAAAUAUAGCUUUUGGACGCGACAAAGAAUAUGGUAGUUACGCGCAUGAGUGCGGUUUAGGAUAGUAGGCCGAUAUCUCUCUCGUGAGGACGCGACAAACAACAAUAACUAGACUACAAAUGUAUUUCAUUUUACGCGACAAUAUAGAUAUGGCAUUGCGUUUUGAACACGACUUUUAGAUGGUUGAAUGAUGCAAAGAAAUAAAAAAAAUAAAAAAAAAAAAAAGAAGCGGAAAUUGUUUCAGCUCUUUUUUUUUUUUUUUUUUUUUUUUUUCUUU